UGAAACGAAAAGUAAAACAGUGUUUGGUACCAUAAGUGUCCUAAACUGACUAUGAUCGUAGCUCAGUGGGUGCUAUGAUUCAUGAUUGAAUUCGCCACCCUUUCAGUGAAUGUUGGAUGGAAAUAUUACAGGAUAGAAUUGUCCCUCUUUGAAUUAGAUCCGUAUCAGGCACUUCCACUGUCUGAAUACUAUGUUAUGUAUUUUAAUAGCCCACACUCACAUUUGUGAGAGUUGAAUUUGAAUCCUCUUCAGCCAAGUCUCCUCACUGAGUCGCAUGCGCGCACUGUCUAUCUGAUGACAUAACGUGAUAAAGUACUGGAGUGAGAGCCAGCUGGUGUGAACCGGGGUACUUCGAAGCCUUCUGUGGGUGUGGGUGGUGUUCUCACCUCGCAGCCAAACAUCCAUAUUUCUCUGCGCCGGAGGCACGCAUGUGGCAGUACAACAGAGCCGAAGGUAAUUGCCUGCCUACCUUCCGGCUUGAACAGUGCCCGAGUGCAGGCUGGUCGCGAUCCAACUCGGGGAGCAGAGUCGGUGUGUUCCUAGAGGCUGCUGACUGUGAGACGGCGGAGUUCGGCAACUGGCUGAUAUGCGUCGCUGAAAACAACUGCGAGAGUACAAUGACGCACCUGAAUUUACACUUGCGCGACUUUUGGACGGUCGACUCGACAUCUUUUGAGUGAGUCACAUUGGAAUGAACAAUCACUGCUGUCAACUUGGAUAGUUGCCUGCCUGUCCGUCCCAAUGAGAAUUCAGUACUUCCGGAGUGAAAAAUGCCGUGUCUGUCCACAGAGAGCUGGACUGAGGUGCAGUUCGACUCAGAGAGUUCAGGCUUCAUCAGUACAGAGCGGUUCAGAGACCUGCUGGCGGCCCACGGCUCGGAGCUGGACCCUCACAAGCUGGAGGUUCUAUUGGCCCUCGCCGACGGCAACGCGGACGGAAAGAUCUGCUACCAGGACUUUGUCAACCUGAUGUCCAACAAGCGCAGCAACAGCUUCCGGCAGGCCAUCCUCCAGGGGGGUCGUCAGUUGAAGGGGGCCGGGGCCCUGGGGGAGGAGGUGGGUCUGGGUCUGUCCCAGAGGCUGGUGAGGCACAUCGCCUAUGAGACCCUGCCCCGGGAGAUCGACAGGAAGUGGUACUUCGACAGCUACACCUGCUGCCCACCACCCUGGCUCAUCCUGGCGAUCACCAUCGCUGAGGUGGCAGUGUUCAUGUACUAUGGCCUGCAGUUGGACCGCUGGGUGCUGCAGGUGUCCAGUCCCCACUUCCUGAGGGGCCCACUGCCCUACCACCCCCAGCUACGGAUUCAGGCCUGGAGAUACCUCAGCUAUGCCUUCAUGCACGCAGGGAUAGAACACCUGGGUCUGAACAUGGCCAUGCAGCUGCUGGUGGGAGUCCCUCUAGAGAUGGUCCAUGGAGCGCUGAGGAUAGGACUGGUCUACGUGUGUGGCGUACUGGCAGGCUCCCUGGCCGUGUCUGUCACUGAUAUGACUGCUCCGGUGGUGGGGUCAUCUGGAGGAGUCUACGCCCUGGUCUCAGCACACCUGGCCAACGUCGUCAUGAACUGGUCGGGUAUGAAAUGUCAGUUUAAGCUGUUCCGGAUGGCCAUGGCUCUGGUCUGCAUGAGUGUGGAGUUCGGCCGUGCCGUGUGGCUGCGGUUCUACCCGCCGGCCUUCCCGCCCUGCCCCAACCCCAGCUUUGUGGCCCACCUGGGGGGUGUGAUGGUGGGGCUCACCCUGGGGGUUGUAGUCCUCCAGAACUACGAGCAGCGUCUCCAAGAGCAGUCUCUCUUCUGGAUCUUCUUCUCCGUCUACUUCCUCUUUGUCCUCUGUGCAGUCUUCUGGAACGUCUUCGCCUACAGCCUGCUGGACGUCCGGCUCCCCCCCACGCCGUGACCUCUCCCCGCCUGUGAGGGCAAACUGAGAGGGCCAACUACGUACCUCAGAUCCAAUGGAACAUAACUAUCUAGGUCUAAGACUUCAGAAUUUGUAUCUUCAUUUUAGAGUACCGUAUGGAACAGACUAUGGCAGCAUCUCCUCUUAAACCCGAUGGUGCCUAUGGCUGUAAGAAAGAGGUUAUUAUGACAGCUAGCUUCAAUGAAGGACAAUUUCAUAGGGUUGGAGAUUGUUAUGAUACACAUGUCUCCGAUCCGUCUCAUGCUAUUAGUGCUGUUACCUGUAAGUCUGGACUGAAGCUAUGAAAUGUUCCACUGUUGACAUGUUACACUGUACUGAGUGCAUCUGACGUGAUCUGGUUUUGUUCCGACUUCCUGAUCUUUCUUUGGUUACCUGACUGUUUAUACAUUCAACGAUGCUACAUUGUUGCCUUUCACAAUACGUCUGGCAAGACAAAUGGCUAAAGCAGAAAGAGAUCGGUACUCGAGCUAGAUAUUUGCAGGGAGAAUUGGCUUACGUGUGUGUGUGUGUGUGUGUGUGUGUGUGUGUGUGUGUGUGUGUGUGUGUGUGUGUGUGUGUGUGUGUGUGUGUGUGUGUGUGUGUGUGUGUGUGUGUGUGUGUGUGUGUGUGUGCGCCGUUUGCAGGAGUGGACAGUAUUGGAGGAGUGCACAGUAUCAUCCGGGUUACACUGACUUACAUUAUUUUGUCGUGUGCAAAUGGAAGUGGAGGUUGAAACGAAGAUAUAUGUGAUGUUCAAGCCCUCUGUGUUCCUGACUGUUGCCAAAACCGCCCCUUAACCAAUAGCAUACAAAAGACAGAGCACUACAGAGAACAUGUACUGUUUUAUUAAUAGGGGAAUAUGUUGCCUUCUGCGAUGAGUACUGGUUGAGUUGAACAUCAGCAUUCUCCCUCUGGCACAGACUUAGUGAUAGGUAUUCAAUAUUGAACUCUGUUACAGACUGUGGAAAUGGUGCUACAUGUGAAUAGGUUCCUCUCUCCAGAGUUAGCCUUCAGUUAGUACUGUACUGUCAAUGCCCUUAUUAAGGAGAAAGCUAAGCCAUGUUGUGUUGGAUGCUGUGUUUGCUUCAACAGGAGAACACGUCACAUCUCAACCAGCCAAGGCUCAAAUUAGCCUGGUCCCAGAUCUGUUUGUGCUCUUACCAACUCCAUUGCUGUCAUUGUCAAGCCACAGAUGUUUGGCUUGACAAUGAGUGACAUGGAGUUGACAUGGUACCAGGAACAGACUGGUACCAAGGCUAGCUCAAGCGUGUACUUUAAAUUAACCUCACGUUAUGCUGCUUCACACAAAAUAAAUGAUAAGAAAGACUAAUUAUUAACAAAUUAAUAUUUUAACAUACAAUAGCCGGUUGUUGAUUCUUGAAUUGGUCUACAAUGUGAUGUGUAAAUGAUCCUGUGUAUUUAACAUUUGUUGAUUGUAUAUUAUAAGGUCUGAUACGGAACAUAGUGGUAACUGACAAUAUUUUAACAAUGCAUAUUUUGUAGAUUUGAUAUGUAAAUACUGAAUACUGGAAUAAAAUCAACUGUUUUUAUAAUGA